AUGGAUGAGGUGGAAGAUUCAGCAUAUACUGAUGAGGUUCAGUACAACAAGAAGUUCACUCUCUAUGUCGUGGAUGGUGGACCGGAUAUGUUCAAGGAUCCUACUUCACAAAAUUGUCCGUUCAGAAAAGCUCUCAAAGUGGUUUACCAUCAAAUGAUCAAUAUAUCUUGUUCGGGUUCCUUCAGUCAACAUGUGGGCUUGAUCAUUACGAAUACUGAAUCGUCGAAGAAUCGUUUCAACCAGAAGUUCUCAUUCGAGCUGAUCGAACUAGAUACUCCAUCUAAGGAAGAUUUGUAUGAAUUGAAAAAAAUGAUUGAUUCUGAAGACAUAUCGGAAGCUUUCCGUAGCCGAUUUGGCGGACAUGCUGAAGUGAAUUUGGCCAAUUUGAUCUGGAGCUGUAAGAAACUGAUGACAAUGGCGGGAACAUCAUCAAGACAUCACAUAAUCAUGUAUCUCAGCAAUAAUACUAAUCCAUUCAAAAACGAUGCGAAGUCAUACGUACGGCUCAAAACGAUUCUGACCGAUUUCUGUCAACACUCGUAUGUUGACAAAAAAGGAAUUCGUCGCCUCAAUAAAACACCUGGAGAGUUUCAUGUUCUUAUGAUGUCUGAGGAAGUUGCGGCAGAAGAUGAAGAACGAUGGAGAGAAAUCUCGAACAGUUUUUUCGUGGGAGAUGUUGACGAUUUGGAUAUACAAGCCUAUAAGAGGACUUACACGCAGAGAGCAUUCAGUAGACUUCUGCUCGAUAUUGGACCAAAUAUUCAACUUGGUGUUAGUGUAUACACACUUGCAAAAGAGGCUACCUUGCAAAAGAAAACAGUUCUGGACUCUGCAACAGAAGCUCCUUUGGGUUCUAAAACAGCAUAUGUUAAAAAAGACGAGAGCUCUUCAAGCACUGUAUCGCAACAAGAAGAGAGAAGCAAUUUGCACAAAGUCGUUAAGAUCGGAGGGAAAACUCUGAUGGUGGAGAAUUGUGAAAUCAGAGAACCGAUAGACUUCAAUGCAAAAGGAGUGGUUCUACUGGGUUUCAAACCCAUCGAAGAACUUGACAUGUUUGGAGAUCAUCUAUCAACCCCACAGUUUAUCAUCCCUAAUGAUAAUGAUGUUCGAGGCUCUACACAACUGUUUCGUGCUUUGCAUGAAAGAUGUUAUGAGAGAAAGAUGGCCAUGAUUUGUCGUUUCCAGAGUCGCAGUAAUCAGAAGAUUCGUCUAAUAGCGCUUGUUGCUGAAAAAAAGGAAAAUUCUGAAUCGAUUAGCAGAGAUUACAAGAAUGAUGGAUUCUAUGUUAUCUAUUUACCUUAUGCCGAGGAUGUCAGAAACUUCGAAGGUAAAGCACCACCUGGAUAUAAAAAUCUUGCUCCCACUGAUGAGGAUGUAGAUGUUACUGGAAAGUUCAUUCGGAACUUGAAAAAGCCUUUCGCACCGGAAACGUUCUCUAACCCUCGUAUUCUGUCUUUCUGUUCGAUGGUAACCGAGGCUGCUAUCGGAGAAAAAAUAGAGAUCAAAGAUACGUUAGAACCGUACUUCAAAAGCAGGAGUGAAGACUUCACAAAUAAGUUAAUCACGCCGUUGAUGGAGCACUUUGAUCUGUCAGCUGAAUCAAAAGAAACCGAAACAAUGGAGACUGCCGCAAAAAGACCAAGGCUAACUGGUCCAGAAAAGGAUUUGGAACCAGAAGAGCUGAUACGAUCCGGGAAGGCUGAUAAAGUGAAAGUGGCUGACUUGAAAAAGUUCAUGGCGGAUCAUAUGCCACAGCAAAACCGAAACUUGAAGAAGAACGAGCUUGUACAGACCAUAACUGAUUACUUGAAACAGCUAUAA